CCUAACGGGGACCGUCUACCCGACUGCCCCAAACUCCGGCAGCGGGGCCCCCGAUGGCAGUGGGCACCUCCCCGUGAAACCUGCCAAGCUGGACGCCACAGCUCUGCACGACGACACUUCGGCCAACUCCGUGCCCCCUUCGGAGGCGAGCAACCAUGCAGUCCUAGCCUGCAGCCGGGGCCUCCCUGAGGAGCUCUACAUAAGCGAGGCUGUGGAAGAUGCUCCCAGCUACAGAGGGUACCGGGAUGCCUGCACCAUCACCGACGUGUGCAACAGCACCGACCUGCCGGAAGUCGAGAUCAUUAGCCUGCUGGAGGAGCAGCUGCCCCAUUACAAGUUAAGAGCUGAUACCAUCUACGGUUAUGACCACGAUGACUGGCUCCACACACCCCUCAUUUCUCCAGAUGCCAACAUUGACCUCACCACCGAGCAAAUUGAAGAAACACUGAAAUACUUCCUUUUAUGUGCCGAAAGAGUUGGCCAGAUGACUAAGACAUAUAAUGACAUAGACGCUGUCACUCGGCUUCUUGAGGAGAAAGAGCGGGAUUUAGAAUUGGCUGCUCGGAUUGGCCAGUCAUUGUUGAAGAAGAACAAGACACUAACCGAGAGAAACGAGCUGCUGGAAGAGCAAGUGGAACACAUCAGAGAGGAGGUGUCUCAGCUCCAGCAUGAGUUGUCCAUGAAGGAUGAGCUGCUUCAGUUCUACACCAGAGCCGCGGAGGAGAGCGAGCCCGAGUCCGUUUGCUCCACACCAUUAAAGAGAAAUGAGUCCUCAUCCUCAGUCCAGAAUUACUUUCACUUGGAUUCACUUCAAAAGAAGCUUAAGGACCUUGAGGAGGAGAACGUUGUACUUCGGUCUGAGGCUUGCCAGCUGAAGACAGAGACCAUCACCUACGAAGAGAAAGAGCAGCAGCUGGUGAACGACUGUGUAAAGGAGCUGAGGGAUGCCAACGUGCAGAUUGCCAGCAUCUCGGAAGAAUUGGCCAAGAAAACUGAAGAUGCCGCCCGCCAGCAAGAGGAGAUCACACACCUGCUGUCACAAAUAGUUGAUUUGCAGAAGAAGGCAAAAGCUUGUGCCGUGGAAAAUGAAGAACUCGUCCAGCACCUGGGGGCUGCCAAGGAUGCCCAGCGGCAGCUCACGGCCGAGCUUCGGGAGCUGGAGGACAAGUACGCAGAGUGCAUGGAGAUGCUUCACGAGGCGCAGGAGGAGCUCAAAAAUCUCCGGAACAAGACCAUGCCCAAUGCCACCUCGCGGCGCUACCACUCGCUAGGCCUGUUCCCCAUGGACUCCUUGGCAGCGGAGAUCGAGGGAACGAUGCGCAAGGAGCUGCAGUUGGAAGAACCCGAGUCUCCAGACAUUGCUCACCAGAAGCGAGUCUUUGAAACGGUGAGAAACAUCAACCAGGUCGUCAAGCAGAGGUCUCUGACACCCUCCCCCAUGAACAUCCCUGGCUCCAACCAGUCCUCAGCCAUGAACUCCCUCCUGUCCAGCUGCGUCAGCACCCCCCGGUCCAGCUUCUACGGCAGUGACGUUGGCAAUGUCAUCCUGGACAAUAAGACCAACAGCAUUAUCCUGGAAGCAGAGUCAACUGACCAGGGAAACGACGACCGCAAGAAGCCAGGGACGCCGGGCACCCCGGGCUCCCACGACCUGGAGACAGCGCUGAGGCGACUGUCCCUCCGCCGCGAGAAUUACCUCUCCGAGAGGAGGUUCUUCGAGGAGGAGCAGGAGAGGAAGCUCAGGGAGCUGGCGGAGAAGGGCGAGCUGCUCAGCGGCUCCCUGACGCCCACGGAGAGCAUCAUGUCCCUGGGCACCCACUCGCGCUUCUCGGAGUUCACCGGCUUCUCCGGCAUGUCCUUCAGCAGCCGCUCCUACCUGCCCGAGAAGCUCCAGAUCGUGAAGCCGCUGGAAGGUUCUGCCACCCUUCACCACUGGCAGCAGCUGGCCCAGCCUCACCUCGGGGGCAUCCUGGACCCUCGGCCCGGUGUGGUCACCAAGGGCUUCCGGACACUGGACGUUGACCUGGAUGAAGUGUACUGCCUUAACGACUUUGAAGAAGAUGACACAGGUGACCACAUUUCCCUCCCGGGCCUAGCUACCUCCACACCAGUUCAGCACCCAGAGACCUCAGGUGAGAGGUCCCGAGCACGCGUGACUGUCUCAGGCAGCAGAAGUUACCCGAGCCGGCCUCAGGCUUGCCCAGAGGAGAUGCAGGAGCCGCCAGCGGCCACGGAGGAGGAUGAGGAGGAGGAGGGGUCUGCACACCACCCUGGGAAGUGCAUGUCACAGACCAACUCCACCUUCACCUUCACCACCUGCCGCAUCCUGCAUCCUUCAGACGAGCUCACAAGGGUCACGCCAAGCCUUAACUCGGCCCCGACUCCAGCUUGUGGUAGCUCCAGCCACUUGAAGUCCACGCCGGUAGCGACGCCAUGCACCCCACGGAGACUGAGCCUGGCUGAAUCCUUCACCAACACCCGUGAGUCCACCACCACCAUGAGCACGUCUCUGGGGCUGGUGUGGCUGCUGAAGGAACGGGGCAUUUCCGCGGCCGUGUACGACCCCCAGAGCUGGGACAGGGCCGGCCGGGGCUCCCUCCUGCACUCCUACACCCCCAGGAUGGCUGUGAUCCCCUCCACCCCGCCCAACUCACCUAUGCAGACACCCACUUCCUCACCGCCCUCCUUCGAGUUCAAGUGCACGAGCCCUCCCUAUGACAACUUCCUGGCUUCCAAGCCGGCCAGCUCCAUCCUGAGGGAGGUGAGGGAAAAGAAGAACGUCCGGAGCAGCGAGAGCCAGACGGAUGUGUCUGUCUCCAACCUCAACCUCGUGGACAAAGUCAGGAGGUUUGGCGUGGCCAAAGUGGUGAACUCAGGGCGAGCCCACAUCCCCACGUUGGUGGAGGAACCAGGACCUCUCCUCUGUGGGCCCCCUGGCCCAGCGCAGACCUUCGUCCCUGGAGGCCUGGUACCCGAGGGCCUGCCUCUCGGAUGCCCCACCGUCACCAACGCCAUCGGCGGGCUGCAGCUCAACAGCGGCAUCCGGCGGAAUCGCAGCUUCCCCACCAUGGUGGGGUCCAGCAUGCAGAUGAAAGCCCCCGUGACUCUCACCUCGGGCAUCUUAAUGGGUGCUAAGCUCCCCAAACAGACUAGCUUGCGGUGAGGAUGGGAGGGGCCCUUCCUGGAGCAGACUGGUCUUACGCCCGCCUCCCUCUCCACCCCGCACCGCACUGUCCCUCUUCCCUCCUCUGCCCACCCCUCCUGCGCUAGACAAAUCAACCUCGUGCCUAGUGGGGGAAGAGUGGAGACUGUGUAAAAUGUGUACAUAAGACUUGGCGCUCUUGGCCUCGCCCUGCCCGUCCUUGGAUCCAACUGGAAACGCCCCAGCACCGUCCUCGCUCUGAGGACUCGCCAGUGCUGGCCUGCGGGCGGGGCGGGCAGGUGUCCUUUUCUCCUUCUUUCCUUUAAGAAGCACUGAAACUCCCAAGUGUGUUCUUAUCCCAUGGAUAGGGACCAGUGAAUUCUUGGCUGGCUGCCAGCGCUUCACCUGGGGCGCUGUCCCCUGGCAUGGGCACAGCGCUUCCGGCCUGGGUGCCGCCGCGGCCACCUCGCCCACCUGGUAAGAAGCCUCGGCCUGGCCACAUGCAGCCGCUGUAGCUCUCGUGAUGGGAGAGCUGCUCGUUUCUUUGAUGGGUGGCCCGGCUUCUCCAAGACCUACACUAUUCUGCUUCAAGGGACGGUCGCUUCCUUUUCGAGGUGUGACUUUCCUUUCAUGCCUUCCACCCGAAGUCAUCCUUUGAUGUUUUGUCAUCAGCUCUCAGGCCAGACAUCUGACCCAAAAGAGAAUGUAUUUCCACUUGUGCUGCGCCGUUCAGCAGCCCCUGUGUGUUCUGUGUGAUUGGGGUCUCCCUUUUUUUUCUAUUCAGGGAAGUAAUGGUACUAGAUGGAAGUCACAGUGUCUGUUUUCCCUCUGGACGACACCGGCAUACAGGUUUCCAACACCCCAAACCACCAGUGAGGUAGCAGCCUAUUUCUGGAACCCAGUGUCACAACCACGUUGAUUAGACAGUGUAAGAACAGGAGAUGGGGAAGGUGGUGAGAUUUGGCAACAGCGAAAGAGAAAGAGAAGAACCACAACCAGACGCGAUACCAAACUGGUUCAAGGAAGGAUGGAGGCUUGGCGUCCUGCUGGCGCCAGUCCGUACCCCAAAACCUGACACUGGUCCCCGGGCCAUCGCUCAUGUGGUCUUCUGUGGCUGCCAUUCUGUGUCCACGUUUUGCCUUUUUGUUUCAGAACAGAGUGAUCACAGCCAGCCAUCUUCCUCCGCGCCCCCUCCCCCAGCCCUUUGUCUCCUUGUGCCACUUUUUAUCCUUAGGGAAAGGUAGAGGUGCUUGUGAGGAGAGCCGUGAAGGAACAGGGAGCCUGGUCCUGUUGCUGUCACCUACCUACAAAGUCUUGAAUUUUUAUUUAUUAUUUGUGUGUGCUAUAUUGUAAACAAACAUCCUCUCUCCUUUCCAGCUCCUGUCACAGUGUCUCUGUGGCAUCCCAAUCCAAUAACUUAUUUAUUCUAAUCUGAGGACCGCACUGUACAUCAAGGUGUGCCAUGUCCAUUUGGUCCAGACAUGGAUGGAAGGAUCACCUCAUAUGCAAAUGAAACUCACUUUGCAUCCCACAUGCCCCACCACCCCCCUUAGCAAAAGAUGUGACCUUCAGUUGAGUGAGUGUAAUCUUACAUCCACUGAAGAUGCUUUGAGAAAGUCCCCAGGAACAAGCUUUGAUCCCAUGAUUUCAGACUGUUCUCUGAACAUGAGGGCAUUGGUUAAUUAUGUUUCCAACUCUCCUUACUGUAGUAUGUGUGCACUCACUGCAAGGAACUUAUAUCUUUUUAUUUGAAUGUAUUUUAAAGCAGUAGGUAGAAUAACAAAGGAAUGUGAAAACCCUGAACUGAAUGGACCACUUUAUGUAUUCAGAGAGGAGCCACCCUUCAUCACAAAGGAAAUAUCAGUGUAAAAAUCAGCAAUUUGGAGGUUGCAGUAUUUAGUGUAGUAAAUAAAAAAACGAUCAACCUUGUGCAACCACUACCAAAAAGUGUGUUGUAAUGCAUCAAAAAUCAACAAUAAAAUUUUAUUUGCUCAUGAAUAUCAAUAAAAUAAGUUCAAAUGAU